AACAGGAGACAGCGCUGGAAAGUCAGUCCUCAACAAGAGAUCAUCCCAUGUAGGCAGUGCUGUUCAAGGGAAGCUGUGAGAAGAACAGAACGCCGUAGCAAUCACCCCCCUCCGCUUCUUAGUUGCUAGGGUGGAGCCGACCAUUUCCAAUCCGAGGGUUUGUUGUAUUUUGACACCUCAAAGCAACUUUUAUUUGUGGGGUGCUGUGACACAUCUUGUUCCUGGACGCCGUUCUUCACUUUUACUCCACAGCCCUCUUGUUCUGCCUUGUGGUUCCAUAGCACUCCGUCACCAUGAAGUAUUAUUAUCCAGCUGCACCUCCCAGGUACAGGAGGUACACUAGAGGCCUGAAGACUGUGCGUUUCUCCAACGAUGUUGUGUUCCAGGACAACAUCAGGCAAGGUGACCUGGAGCAGGUGGGACGUUUCAUCCGUGCCAGGAAAGUCACAUUGGACACUAUUUAUCCCUCUGGUAUGGCUGCCCUACAUGAAGCUGUGCUUUCUGGGAAUCUUGAUUGCGUUAAACUGUUAGUGAAAUAUGGUGCUGACAUUCAUCAGAAAGAUGAGGACGGCUGGACACCGCUGCACAUGGCCUGCAGUGACGGCCAUGCUGACAUUGCAAGGUAUCUCAUCUCUCUUGGAGCCCAACUAGAUGCCACCAACGAUGAAGGGGAGAAGCCAUCUGACCUUAUUGACCCUGAAUACAAGGACCUUGUGGAGCUUUUCAAAGCAGCUCGAGUGAACUGAUCUUGUUACCCCCUCAGUUCUUUCCUACAUGGAAUCUAGUCUCUGUAGCAGGCAGGAGGAUCUGUUCAGUGCUGGAAGGAGGCUGGUAAAGUUGACAUUAGCCCCUACUAGGGAAAGUAUGGCCUCCAAAAGAGGUCGCAGUUUGGCUGUAAUAUGUGUGUAAAAGACUGGCUACUUAAGAGUUUCUCUCAGAGCUUGGAACAGCCCAUGAAAAAUGAAUAUAUAUAUUACCAACUGCUUGGUACCUGCUGGGAUCUGGCCUUGACUAAAAUGGUUAUAAUGAUGAGGGCAUGCAAGUUCACUGUUAUGCCAGAGGUUUAUAAAGGUGUUUAUAAGCUACACUGGACUGGGUACCAAUUUGGACAAGCAUAUGUCUUCCAAUACUCAUUUACAGUUACUCUGAUCUUGAAUCUCGGCAACAUUCAAGCUAUCCCGAGAGCCACAGCCUCUUCAAGAAGAAUUCUUAAACAAUUAUCCUACAGAGAAAAUAGAUCCAACUUCAAGUUGGUAUUUCAGUGUUGUAAAUAUGGACAAUCUAGCAUUGUUGUGUAUAACGUCUUAUUUUUCAUGUUGAUGCACCCUAGACUUGCUUUUCUACUGUAUUUUUUAUGUGAUUCCGAAACAGCCUUUUAUUUUUACAAUAAAGCAAUUCCUAAAGUC